AUGACGACUGAAAUGUUUAAUUUUGAGGAGAACAUGGUGGACAUUUGUUUGAAGCUUUUGGACCGCAGCCUCAAUUACUACGACAACCCAGCUAAAGACGCCCGUUCUCGCUCUGACCCCAUCUACGUUGGUCGCGUGAUCACCGCCAUGCACUGCAGUGUGUUCCGUUGCGGCCCAGCCUCAGUCAAAGCCGUCUUAGAGGGGCAUACUGAUUUCAAAUACGACGUCCCAUUUGUCUUUGCUGAGGUCAAUGCCGACUGCAUUGACUGGACGGUCACAGAUGAUGGGAAGAAGGUUCGAAUCAGCUCUGACACCAAAAGAGUUGGGAAGUUCAUCUCCACCAAGCGUGUUGGAUCCAGGCAGAGGGAGGACAUCACCAACACCUACAAGCACCCUGAAGGAACUGACAAGGAGAGGCGGAACUUCGUAUUUGCCACCACCAGAGACUACUCCAGACCUGAAGAAAUGUAUGAAGAGAUAGAGGAGGAAGAUGCAGGUGAAGUAACGACAGAAGAACCUGGAAGCGGAGGGACGGACGAGGGAGCUACUUCAGAACCUCUACCACCAGUGACUAUCCGGUUUAAAGAGGUGUCCAGGCUGAUCAACGGUAAGGAUGUGAACCUGAAGCUGGUGCUGCAGAGUCAAAGCAGCGAUACCCGGCCGCUGUCCAUCCACAUCUCCGUCCAGGCCAUGAAGUACUACGGGGUACCAGCAGGGAAAAUCCUGACUGAGGACAAAGAGGAGACGCUGCUGCCUGGGAAAGUUCUGUCCAUCCCCAUCGUGAUCCCGUUCUCGGCCUACCACAGACUCAUGGUGGAGAAUGAGAGCAUGAAGGUUACAGCUGUGAUCACAGACAAAGGCGAUGGAGAAAACAGAUACCUGGCUACGCAUGACAUUGUGCUGAUGGACCCUCCGAUCUCCAUCACUGCUCCUGCUCAGGUCAGACUGAAUGCACUGGCAAGUGGGGACGUGAUUUUCACAAACCCCAUCAAUAAAACCCUGACAAACUGCAAGAUGACUUUCUCUGGAGCCGGCCUGUUUAGAAGGGACAUUGAUUGCAAACCUGAAGAAAUGUAUGAAGAGAUAGAGGAGGAAGAUGCAGGUGAAGUAACGACAGAAGAACCUGGAAGCGGAGGGACGGACGAGGGAGCUACUUCAGAACCUCUACCACCAGUGACUAUCCGGUUUAAAGAGGUGUCCAGGCUGAUCAACGGUAAGGAUGUGAACCUGAAGCUGGUGCUGCAGAGUCAAAGCAACGAUUCCCGGCCGCUGUCCAUCCACAUCUCCGUCCAGGCCAUGAAGUACUACGGGGUACCAGCAGGGAAAAUCCUGACUGAGGACAAAGAGGAGACGCUGCUGCCCGGGAAAGUUCUGUCCGUCCCCAUCGUGAUCCCGUUCUCGGCCUACCACAGACUCAUGGUGGAGAAUGAGAGCAUGAAGGUUACAGCUGUGAUCACAGACAAAGGCGAUGGAGAAAACAGAUACCUGGCUAUGCAUAACGUUGUGCUGAUGGACCCUCCGAUCUCCAUCACUGCUCCUGCUCAGGUCAGACUGAAUGAAGUGACAUAUGGGGAAGUGACUUUCACAAACCCCAUCAAUAAAACCCUGACAAACUGCACGAUGACUUUCUCUGGAGCCGGCCUGUUUAAAAAGGACCUUGAUUUUGAGAUUCCAGAUGUGCUACCAAACAAAAGUGCACAUGUCAAGUACCACUUUGCUCCCUACAAGAAAGGAGUGAAGACCGUCAUCGCCGACUUUGACUGCGACUCCUUCAGAGACAUCAAGGGCACCUGCACCGUCAAUGUCACCGAAUGAAUUCUCAGAACCGCUGAGAAUUAACACUUAUGUGCUCAGAAACAUAACGCUAGAUGCAUUUAUUUCAGUUUCUGCACAGUUGUUUACAUGUAAUGGAAUUUUGUUAGCUUUAGAGAUCCGCCUUUACAGGAUUUACGAUAUUUAAUCUUAUAUUCUGAUUUUAUGUUGGUGUUGUGUUGUUUUUUUCUGGUGUAGCAAUUUCCCUGAGGUCUUGUACCAAAGGGAUUAA